CACAACACCAGCCAGGAUAACGAGCCCCACGACAGACCGCUGGUGUGCUGUGCCGGCUUCAUGACCAGGCAGCGGCGCUCACUGGCGUAUUCGGCGGAAUACGAGUUUGGCGACGACAAUCUCCUAACUGCGACGUACCAUGAGGAGACGCGGCUUCGCAACCAACAGCGAGUCAAGCACGCCCAGUCUGUCCUCGAUACGGAGGCCGAUGAACGCACCGUGAACAAUGCCAAACGGAUUCAGCAGGAGCUAGAUAGAAAGACCGAGAUCUUGCAACACAACCAAAUACUGCUUCAACGUCUCGAGCGCAUCCACAAGAAGCUGCCGAAGCAGUUCGACGUCUCGCAUCAUACCGAUGAGCAUCUCAACGCACAGCGACCCUCCAACAUCCCGCUGUGGCAGCGCGAGCAAGAGCGAAUUGCCGAAGAGAAUAGGAAGAUGAAGCGAAGACUGGACCAGACCAAAUCGUUGUUUGACACCAAGCAGCUCGCAGCAGACGCUGCCAAGUACCGCUAUUUCUCCGAGCAGCUAUCGAAAGCCGACAGACGCCUCCAGGUGAAGCAAAAGUGCAAGCAGCUCGAGCUCCAAGCCAAUUCCAAGCGCAACGGCAACGAUACCCACACAGCAUCCCACAAGGUCGAGAGUAAGUAUGCGGCACCUCCAGAAAGCUUCCCAACGGUGACAAGCACCACCAAGCUCAUCCGUGCGUCAGACUUGUUGCCGCGCCUCGGACACUGA